UGGUCUCAUUACAGUAGAGUUGCUUUUCCCCACAAUGAUUUACUCUCUCUGCUAUUGCUUUCUGCUAGCUCUGCUCUGCUCCAAAUCUGACAUGGCAAUGUUUAUUUUUGUUUUUUAGAAACCAGUUAGAUCAGAUUCUGAUUCCUGGCAGAGAAUACAUGGCGGCAUGAGGACAUUCAGUCAUUCACAGUUAAUGAGGAGAAGUUUUAUAUUGCAGUCUUUUAAGAGUUGACCUCACCCGUGUUAGUGCAUGGUUGAUUGUUAUCUCUUUUCUAAUGCUUUAUUGGUCCGUCUCUGUCUAUGUAAAAUUGAGCAGAAUGUUUUCUUUCAUUCAUGAGUAUGUGAUUCCGUCUUGAUGACAGUUUGAGAUAUGGGAUGUGACACAGACCGUGAAAGAGCUGUCGUUUUUUUGGAUCUGUCUCUCCUAACAUGAUUUCAGUAUCAACAUGAACGCUGCAAAUAUUUUGUUACUUCUGUUACUGUUGUAUGUUAAUGUCCUGCAGAAAGGUGAAUUUGUCUCCCAGUGUCUGUUGGAAAGCAGACUGAACAAGGUUUUCCUCUUGGAUUUUGCCUGUGGUUAGCUUUAUUCUGUCUAUUUAGUCCCUGCCAAUGACAAGCAUACCUCUAACAUGAUGAGGCACCACCAUGCCUGAAAAUAUGAAGGGUGGUACUCGGUGAUGUGUUAGCAAACCUCCCUGGUCUUUGUGGUUGAAUCUGUGUUUGAAAUUCCCUGCUCGAAUGAGGGACCAUACCAAUAAUUGUAUGUGUGGGUACAGAAAUUAGGUAGUCAUUCAAAAAUCAUGUUAAACAAUAUUAUUGCACACAGAGUGAGUCCAUGCAACUUAUUAUGUGACUUUCUAAGUAUAUUUCUACUCCUGAAAUAUUUCGGCAUAAUAAAAGGGUUGAAUACUUAUUGACUCAAGACAUUUCAGCUUUUCAUUUUUAAUACAUUUUUACACAUUUCCUAAAACAUAAUUCCACUUUGACAUUAUGGGGUUUUGUGUGUAAACCGGUGAAACAAAAUCUCAAGUUAAAACAUUUUAAAUUCAGACUGAAACACAGCAAAAUGCAGAAAAAGUCAUGGGUGUGAUGAAUACUUUCUGAAGGUGCUGUAUGUAUAGACUAGAGGGGAGGGAGCACUGUGACAGCAGCAGCAGUCAGCUGAGCAUUCUAAUUAGGCCUGCUGUGCUGUUAUGCAAUUCCUCAAGUCCAGAGCUACAGUUGUGAGUGAGGUUGCAAAAUUCCCUGACUUUCAAUAAAUUCCCUGGUUUUCCAAAUCCUGUUUGGAGGUUUAUGGAUUUCCUGCUUAUUCCCUGCUGAUUCCCGGAAUCCUCCAACCGUGAUUUCGGGUAAACCAGGGAAUUUAUUAAAUGUUCCCAGAAUUCUGCAACCCUAUAUUAGGGAGCAUUAAUAUGUUGCAUUUUUAAAAUAUCUUUGUUGCUGCAGCGGUACAUCAUUAAUGUGACAAACUCUCUUGCAGGGUGAAAGUUUGUAAGUUAGUAUGACUACGCCACAUGUGAAACAGCCCUGACCUACCCUGUAAUAGACCCUUUAGACAGCGUCCUUAGAACGACUUCGUCCACCACAACCCCCAGAACCCCCCAGAGAUCUCAGUCCAACCCCAGAGGAGACCUUAAUGCUGCAGCUGCCCUUCUACCCUCAGCCUCCUUUGUGCUCCAGCCUGUUCUUGUCCCCCGCUCCCUCCAAAAAAGGACAUUCAUUUUACAGAACACAGCUGGCCCCCCAGCUAUAAAAUGAGGGCUUACCUUGCCCACUAUCUAAUCUGACCACCAGUCAGUGCCCGUCAAAAAGGGAGGGAUAGAGGAGAAGCGGAUGUUGCUUUGGCCCAAACACAAACAUCUGUAACCUCUUGUUGCCACAUUUGCCACACUGUCAUAUCUGACCACCAGUGGAGGUAGAGGUGGUUAGAGAGCAGGGGAGGAGAGAAGAGGGGAGAGGAGGAGAGAGGAGAGGACAGGAUAGGGGAGGAGAGUAGAGAAGAGAUAAAGAUGAGGCUUAUAUUUUGGCCCACACCCAAACUCAGCCAUGUGGGAGCUCACGUUGCUACCCUGUUAUUGUGCUCUGCCAUUCCUUCACAUCACCCAGAGGAGCAAGUCAUGGGGUCAGGCCAGCCAGUCUGUCUGGGAGGGGAGGGUCACUCUGAUGAGCUGCACACAUGCUUCUGUAGAGUCCUCCUGCCUGCCAAAUGAACUUAGUCAGCCCAGUACAUUGUGUGAGCAGCUCUCCCAGCUCUCUCUGCUUGCCCUGCUACAGAAAUACUGUGAGGCUCUCUCCGCACUCUACAAUGUCACAGGUUUGUAUUGCAAUGCCACAACUGAUGAGAUUGGAACAUGUUGGCCAAGGAGCAACACCGGACGGAUGAUGGAGAGACCCUGUCCAGAGUACAUCAACGGGGUGAAGUACAACACCACAAGGAGUGCUUACAGAGAAUGCAUGGAUAAUGGAACGUGGGCUCUGAAGAGCAACUACUCCAGUUGUGAACCCAUUUUGGAGGAGAAGAGGAAAUACCCAAUGCACUAUAAGAUUGCUCUGAUUAUCAACUACCUCGGCCACUGUAUUUCUGUGGGAGCUCUUGUCAUAGCCUUCAUUCUCUUCUUAUGCUUAAGGAGCAUAAGAUGCCUUCGAAACAUAAUCCACUGGAACUUGAUAACAACCUUCAUUUUGAGGAAUGUUAUGUGGUUCCUACUUCAGUUGAUUGAUCACAAUAUACAUGAGAGCAAUGAGCCUUGGUGUCGUCUUAUAACGACUAUAUAUAACUAUUUUGUGGUGACCAAUUUUUUCUGGAUGUUUGUUGAAGGAUGCUACCUUCACACAGCCAUUGUGAUGACUUAUUCAACAGACAAGCUAAAGAAAUGGGUCUUCUUGUUCAUUGGCUGGUGCAUUCCAUGUCCUAUAAUUGUUGCUUGGGCCAUUGGGAAGCUUUACAAUGAAAAUGAACAAUGCUGGUUUGGGAAAGAACCUGGAAAGUAUAUUGACUACAUUUAUCAAGGGCCGGUCAUCCUUGUUCUUUUGAUAAACUUCGUUUUCCUCUUCAACAUAGUAAGAAUUCUCAUGACCAAGCUGAGAGCUUCUACCACAUCAGAAACCGUACAGUACAGAAAAGCGGUCAAAGCGACGUUAGUGUUACUGCCUCUGCUGGGGAUCACCUACAUGCUAUUUUUUGUUAAUCCCGGAGAGGACGACAUCUCGCAAAUAGUUUUUAUUUAUUUCAAUUCAUUUCUACAAUCAUUUCAGGGGUUCUUUGUUUCAGUAUUCUACUGCUUUCUAAAUGGCGAAGUGCGCUCAGCCGCCAGGAAAAGAUGGCAUCGUUGGCAGGACAACCAUGCCCUGAGAGUGCGUGUGGCACGUGCCAUGUCCAUCCCCACGUCACCCACCAGGAUCAGCUUCCACAGUAUAAAACAGACCACAGCUGUUUGACCUAGAUCGCCAAGUUCAAAGGUCGCCUUUGGAAACGUCCCUUUUCUAGGGAAGACACUUGUCUUAAGGCAUCUCUCAAUAAAUGUUGUCCAUUUGCUUUAUUUAUUUUCCCCUCUGCAUAAAGACAGAGACAGAGCACUUUGAGAAAGAGACCAUUAGGAUUUCCAGAUUAUAAUACCUUAACAUGACGUCCUAGGACGUCACACAGAAGUCAGGACCAUUUAAAACAGAUGGGGAAGGUUGCCUCUCCAAAUGAACAUUGUGAAGUUAUUGCAGAGUCUAAGUUGUACUGCCAUUGCAUCAAGAGCUGUUAUCAUACUAUAGUACACCAGGUUAUAUUUUAAUAGGUCAGGAAGGUUGACCUUUCAAGGCCCCGUGCUGGAUGCUGAUGAGGCAAAACAAAAUCAGUGUUAGUGUCAAAAGAGACCCUAAUCACUCCCAGCACUGUACUGUACUAGUGGUAUUUAUAUCCAUAACCCUUCAUUAUUUGAUAUCUAUGAGAGGGCAGAGAUAAUUUAAGCAGGAUUGUGCUUUAACAGUGCGGGCACGGGAUGCAAUUGCAUUCUGUGUCUGUUGCACACCAAGUUUGAGGUGAGAUUAGAGAGAUGUAAUUAUACUGUUAAAUAAGGAAGUGAUACUCUUUGGUUUGUCAUCAGCACUACUUUUAUGAGUUGUCAAAAUGUCACCCUAAGAGCUUUUCAUUUGUAUAAAUGUUUUAAGGCUAAUUUAUUUUCAGAUUGUUCCUUGCCAAUCACUCUCAAACUCUUUUGAACAGCAUAACGUCAAUGAUGUGUUUUUCUCACUUCUGUAUAAAAAACCCUAAGGCUACUCUAAAUAAAUAAAAUCUAUCUUUCACUGGAUUCGAGUUCAGAUUAUAUCCAUUAUCUAAUGCAAAUAAUGUAGAUGGGACUGUGAUUCAGAUACAUUUAUAUGACACUUAUUUCAAAAACUAAACACAAACACUAUUUUAGUGUCGCAGAUCCUUAUUUCAGUCCGCAUAAUGCCACAGCUGUCCCAAGUCAAGAUACAUUUUAAGGUACAGUACAUUAAAUCCUUUUAAUGUAUUAAAAUUAUUGAAUUAUUUUCUCUCUUUCAAAUCCCAAUGUGCUGCACUUAAUCAUUGUCAAUGCUAAGCUGUUGUGUCCAGGAGCCAGAGAGAGAUAGAGCCUGAUGAGUUAGAGUUCCAUUUGGCUUCCUUAAUGCUUUGCCCUGCUCAGGUCAACAUGCCAAGACCUGCCCCGGUAGUGACUGACCGACCAUCUGACCUGCAUGGGUGUUAUCCACCUCUCCCUCCAGGCCCAUUGCAGUGUCAUACCAGUUCCAAGCACUUAGACAAGCCUGGUUAUUCAAUCUUCAGUAAGCAGUUCUGGGAAAUAGAACAGUAGAACUCAUGCACCCAUGGAAUUAACUUGGGAUUUGGAAUUGUAGAAAUUGUGUAAAUAGAUGGCAUGUUGGGGACAAACUCACUAAUCUGGUAUGGAGGUAUUUCUCUGAUUUGGGUUCAAAAGCAAACUUCUUUGGUAUCAAUGAUACAUGCUUGUUACCUGACUAGUUGCCAUGAAGAUAAUGAUUAUGGCAACAAUCUUUCUCAUUAUUUUUGUUACUUUUGGAGUAGUAAGGAAGACCGCUCCAAUAAAACAAUAUCACAUCUGUUGAGGUUUGCUGUUGUGAAAAGGGCUUAGAUAUAGCUGUGACUACAUCAGAAGUAAUUAUUGCUUUACACAUUCUCUUGCAAUUGAAAUUGUACUCUAACCACAUUUAUGUUGUACAAAAGUUUAUUAAAAUUACUUGACAGAUGGUCUAAAAUUGCUUGUAGGGGAAGGUAUCGUUUGAUAAUUGCUGUGAACAUGAUUGACCUGUCAUGACCAUCAGAGUUUACAUCCCUUGAUUGCUCCAGGCCUAAUUUUCUGGAACGGUUGUCUAUGUAGCAGUUCUCUGUGAUAUUUUCAUACAAAAUGUAUAUUUUCAUAAUUGUGACUGAGUACAUAUGCACAAGAAAUCUCUUGAAUCAAAGUAUUCAAGCAAACAGUCCCGAGAUCUAUAUAAAUACGUAAAUAACGGUCAAUAUUUUGCUAUUUUCUGGUCCUAAACCACUAAACACUGUUGGUUGAACAUCAUUUUGUUAUUUAUGUUUGGGAGGUGCCUCCAAGUUGAAUGUUUAUUUUGGAGAAGUUUUACUCAGAUUUAGGGGUUCUAGUUUGAGAAGGUCUAAAAAGAAGAAUAUAUCUUCAAAGAGUGCGAUAAAACAUGUACAACCAAAAUGUUUCGUUGUAAUGUACAUAAACUCUUUUAAAGUUUGUUGUAUAUUGUAAUUAGUAAUUGUACAAAUGUUAUGACGUAAAUAUGUUUUGUUCUAUUAUACUGUUGGAGUGAAAGUAAUUCAUGAAGAGCAUUCAGAGCAUUCAGGUUACAUGAAUACCUAGGACCAUCCAAAGCAAUCAUAGAAAGGUAUGAAUAUUUUAAUAACAUUUUACUUCAUCCUCUCACAAUCUCUUCUUGUGCAGCUUAAAUUGUACUUUCCAUUGUUUUUAGUCUAUUGAAUUCAUUGCAAUUCUGCACAUACAGUACAUAUUACAAUACUCCUAUGAAAGUUAAAACUCACCAAGUGAAAUCACCCCCAACAUUUUUCUUUGAUUGAAACAUGAAAAUUGAGAUUUUUUUGUUGCAAUUUUUAUAUUAUUUUAUGAAUAUAUAAUGAAUAGUUCAUUCAAAAUGACAAAUUCACCAAAGAUAACAGACACGUUUACCUGAAUAUGUUUACUUGUUGUCAGUGCACUUUCUCUGUCCAAAUCGUUUAUUUUUCAUAUUUUGUACAGCUUCACCAUUCUCUGAUGUAUUCUCGAUUUAAUAACUUAUUAAUGUACAGGAAUGCAUUUUGGCUGUAUGUUGAAACACCAACGUUGCCUUUUAGAAAAACAGAAAAGUGUGUUUUUGUGGAAAGAAGAAAAACUGUGUUUCUACAGUAAAUGUUGUACGGUGUAUGAUCGAUAUACAUUUAUAAAAGUACAUGUGGUAAAAUCAACCUUCAGAUUUGAAAUAAAUAUUAUAUUCAACUCUC